AUGUCGGGCCAGGCUGAAUCCCCAACUAAAGCGCUCCUCCCCAAUGACUAUUUACAAAAAUCUAUCACAGACCUCUCUGCCCAGGUCAACACUCUACAGGCUAAUCUCAACCAAAUGUCGGGACCGACCCUACCAACCCUGGACAAUAAUGGGCCCAUCUCCAAAGAGCCUCUGGCUGACGACCAAUGGAAAUUAACCAUGCACCAAAUACUCACUGAACUCUGUGCUAAAGUGAACAACCUCGAAUCCGAACUCCGAGACCUUAAAUCCCAAACCUGUGCACCUCUAAAUGAAGGCACACCCUACACAUUCCGGUUUGGCUUCACAAGCCCGCCAGCCCCGCCAGCAAAAAGACCGAGGCCACAGGCGCCCAUUAGCAGCAGUGAGCCUCCCAGCUACCGCUCAAAAGUGGGCAACCCCACAAAACCGACUCCCCAAAAAACCCCGAUCCCACCGACCUCUCAGCCCCUACUGCAGCCGCCAGUACCCGCACACCUUCUGACAAAAGUGAUGGGCCGCCCGAUGGCGGACAAAACUCUCCACGAAAUGGAUGAAUCACUCCGGUAUGGCUCUUCUUUCGGGCAAUUUUUCCCAACGGCAAGCCCCCAUCCCAAUCAGUAUUUGAAAAAUACUGGCACGCCCAACCGCUCCUCAAUCGCCACCACUUUCUUUGGUGCUAACACACAGCCAGAACAUGCGCAGCCCGGACGACCCCACGUACCAACGGUCUUCCUCGCACAGCCUCAACCUUCCACCACAGACUCUUCGACGACAGAAAACGAUACAGAAAUGGCUGACAUCAACAAGGACCAGGGCCCAGUGGUAUUGACCGAGGAUGAACAAUGUUAG